CUACAAAAGCAAAUUUGUGAACUAUGGAGAAACAAUUUGCAACCAGGGUACAGAAGGAGCUUGCAGCCCUGAGGAAGUCCUGUCCUCUCGGUAUCCAGGUGUCGCUGCCUUCAGACAACCUGCAUGAGUGGGAGGCUGUCAUCCCUGGACCUGACGAUUCUCUUUAUAAAGGUGGCAAGUUCAAGAUUCGCAUACUUCUUCCUGAGAACUACCCACUUGGACCUCCUGUUGUCCACUUCCUGACCCCCAUCUACCACCUGAAUGUGAGUCAGGCCUGUGGACAGGUGUGUCUGCGCUUCCUGAGUGAAGAUGAGUGGGUGGCAGGGGGAACCAUUGAACAGGUUCUGAGUGCCCUGUUCUCUCUCCUUAUCCGACCAGAAGAGGACAACGCCUUUGACCAUGAUGUUCUCAACAACUACCACCACUACAGAUGGGAGUAUGAUGACAUGGCUCGCAAAAGUGCAGCAAAUGCCAAAUAGGGACUCCGAGACAAUCUUAGUCUGCUGAGGUCAACAGCGUUUUUUUUUAAAGAUUUUGUUUUCAAUUAAGUUGCUUAAGGAUGACCAAUAGACCAAGGACCAUCAAGAUAAGUUUGAAGCGGUAAAUCAGUUGUGUUCUGUAUCGUGUGAGGUCUCUACAAGCAGACGACACUAUGUUGAUCACCUGUAUGAUGUCUUGUGCAACAUUUACCAACAGAGCAAAGUACAUCUAUACAAUUGCUCUCAGUAAAAGAUCCUUUGUUAGAAUCGAACCAAAAAGCAUGUCAAGGGUUCUCAAACAGCAUUGUGCGAAGCCAGCUUUCCUGAAGAAAUGAAAACAAAGCCUGGCAAACAUUCAACCAUACUUAGCAUUGUUUAAGGAAGACUUAUUUCUGACAAAAUCUUUUUGUGUAUGUAUGCAGUAAAAUGAAUGGAUAUCCUUACUCAUAAAAGCCCACAAAACAUAUAUUAAAUAUUAUGUUUAUUGUUGUACCUGUUUCUGCAUGUAACGACUUUGUAAGUAGCUCACUUAUGUUCUAUUCUUUUAACACUUUGUUAUCUACAUUAACAAAGGAUUACAUGGACAAAAUAAAUGAGAUAUGGGACUGUU